AUGGCUGUGAUCGUUGCUGAUGACAUUAAUGCACUGUGCCGCUUCUCCAUCGCACGUGCCAUCUGCUCCCAUCAGCCCUGUGGGACCAAGUACACGCUGAUUGAUGAGCAGGACAUCCCGCUGGUGGAGAGCUACUCCUUUGAGGCCCGCAUAGAAGUAGAUGCUGAUGGAAAUGGUGCCAAGAUAUUUGCAUAUGCCUUUGACAAGAACCGAAGUCGGGGCUCAUGAAGGCUGCUACAUGAGCUACGGUGGGAGCGGCACAGGGUGGGUGUGACGCCCGGCUUCCAGGUGGUGCAUCUCAACACCGUGACAGUGGAUAACUGACUGGACAACCUGCAGCUGGUGCCCUUAGGCUGGCGCCCGAAGGCCGAGGAGCUGUCCAGCAAGCAGAGGGAGCAGAGCUUAUACUGGCUAGCAAUCCAGCAGCUCCCCACAGACCCUAUCGAGGAGCAAUUACCUGUCCUGAAUGUCACCCGGUACUACAGCGCCAAUGGGGAUGUGGUGGAGGAGGAGGAGGACAAUUCUUGCACCUACUACGAUUGUCACUACCCUCCCUGCACCAUGAUCGAGAAGCAGCUCCGGGAGUUCAACAUCUGUGGGCGGUGCCAGGUGGCACGCUACUGUGGCUCACAGUGCCAGCAGAAGGACUGGCCUGCCCACAAGAAGCACUGCCGUGAGAAGAAGGAACCCUGCCCGCAUGAGCUGGGCCCCGAGCGGUGA